AUGCUCGGCCUUCUCAAUCCGUUGAAAUGGCCUGUGUGGCCUGCCAUGUGGGCCUGCCUCUCCGCCCUCACCGCCCGCAUCAGGUUGCUCUUUUCCAGACCCAGCCCCCCAGUUGGUAGCAUCACCUUGAAAAAUAUCCUUUGUAUAGAUGUCGAGGACGAUGAAGCCUCAUAUCGAGUACGGAAAAGAUCACGCGUGGUAUAUGUGUAUCUUCUCGGCCCCGAUAUAAUCCCAAGGGACUUCCAGUACGGCUACAUGCUCUGGGAAUCUCUGCAGAAACUUCCGAAAUGGGACGAGGAGUGGACCUCGCUCACCGUAAGGAAGACUCCUCACGGCAUUGAAAGCACACUCGAUGAAACCCCCCCGCAUGGUUUGGAUCUUAAACAGCUUGAUAUCCCUGAUUCUAUGGCCUUCAUUGAACAUUCAGAUUUGACAAUAUUAACUGGAAUCGGCGAAAGAUUGUUUCGUGUCUUGUGUGGUGGUGAAAGUCUCCUAUUGAAAGUCGCACCAUUUCCAUUCGAACUUCGCUACCUGACGACAGAGGUUUCCACGUACAUGAAGCUGGCGGCCUCUGGUUUUCCUUUGGCCCCAAAGUUUUACGGUCUGGUCUAUGAGGGAACUAGAGACCGCGUCACUGGCUUUUUGAUGGAAAUUAUUCGUGGGAGAUAUCCAACCAUGGAAGAUCUUGGCGAGUGUGAAAAGGCGCUUCACAUGCUACACGAAUAUGGAUUCAUUCAUAAAGAUAUAAAUAAGUUCAACUUCUUUAUCACUGAUCAUGGUGUAAGGAUUCUUGACUUUGAGACUGCUGUCCUCAAAAGCGAUGCAGACCCAGGGGCAGCAGACGCGGAGAUGAAAUCUCUUCCAACCAUAAUUCAAGAACAACUAACUUUUCGCGGACCCUGGGAGUUUUGCUAA